AUGGGUGAACCGGUGGUCAAUGGCGACUCUUUCAACUACAACAAGCACGCGCGCAAUCUACCCAUGUUUCAAACUUCCAUUCCCGUACAACAGGUACGGCCAAUCGCUGCAGCGCUUUUACUGCUCAAGUUUGACAUUGUGGUGCUGAAGCUCGUGUGUAGAUUGCUGUUCUCUCGUUUACAAGAUCUAAUGGAGGCGUCGCGUGUAUUCAUUUCCAAGUUGUCCACAACAACACUUUACACUGCCUCUUUUGGGUAUGUUGGCAAGAAAAUGCGUUUAGAUUGGGUUUCCUUGGAUCUCACAUUGUGUUCAUGGUAG